AUGGCUCAUCGUGGUCCAAAGUCAUGGAUGACCAUAGAGGAGGAAGUAUUCCUCAGAGAACAACUACCUGAAUAUAACAGAUGUUGGCAUCAGAAACUGUAUGGGAAAUUUUGGAUUGACACCUUCCAUCAAUUUUUCAAAAUAUGGCCCAAGUCUACACGUCUACACCAAAACAUCGACCCUGCAGAAGGAGACCUUACCCCUGAUCAAAAGCAGAUUGUUGGUCUGGCCAUCAUCAAACACAAGGAGGUCAUUAAGUGUUGGUUUAGAUGGCAGACAAGUACAGUGCAUCUCGCACAUUCAGGAAACUCCCAUAGUGUACUCAACCUCGAUGACACAUUUGGUGGGGGGGUGGUCUCGGAGGGUGUUGGGCCCCACAGGAAGUUGAAGUGGGGGAUUUCUUCAUGUUGUGAGAAGCUGUCAAAAUGGAAGGAGGUCACUCACAUCAUGUAUGCAACAGAGGAUGAUGCCAUAUGCACUGAAGUUAAGCAAAAGCACACAGAGAUGCUCACAAAGUGGAAAAAUGAUCGAGAGCUGUUCAAAUCAGGGUUCAUCAUGGAAGUUGAUAAUGAUGCGAAAAUACAGGCUUUCGAUGAACUGGGGUCGCAUCUGGAUCAUGUCUUUUGUCAUCUGUCCCACAAGAUGGGGGGACUAAAAUUCACUUGCAUUGCUGGUGGACGCAACCCUAGCACAGGAGAAGUUGUGGUAGUCGAUUUUCACUUGGGAGAAACAGACACAGGCGCAGAAUUCUCAUCCUGUUAUUCUGGGUUCUUGGACGUCCAGGUUGCCUAUGCAGACUUCAUGAAGGAAGCUGUUGCUCAUGACGACAAGAUGUGGUUGUUGGUAAACGAAGAAGGAUUAACACGGGCCCUAACUGUCAGCAAGGAUGUAGACGAGCAGACCUUUGAAGAUGAAGACAUGAAUAUUGGUGAUGAGCAGACCUAUGAAGACAAAGACAGGAACAUUGGUAAUGAUUAUAUACCCCAGGAGCUGCUCCCAUUCAUUCGGGACUUUCCAGCAGGGCUGCAAGGUGUACCUCAUGUUGACCUGGAUACAGGUACUCCAGCAACUGCUGGAGAAUGGUCUGACAUCAACCAACUUCACACCAAAGGUCAUGCGCUCCUUUUGGAGGAGUUAGACGCCUCCCUUGUUCAGAUGGACGAAAUUACAAACACCCUGUCAGUCCUGAAUGUCACUGAUUAUGGUGGUGAUGCCUACUUCUCUCCUCCAUUUGAUAUACCAAAUGAAUACCCUGCUGCUGUGUCUGCUCCUGGCAAUUUUUGGCCUGUACAAGGCCUUGACCUCUAUGAUCUUGAUUAUUUGUUGUGA